CGGAGCCAGCGUGACAUGGCCCCCCCGGGCCACCGUUUCCGGACCCCCUUUACCACUCUGUGCCAGCACGUCCUCUCUCUCCGACGGGACCCCGCUUCUUGGGCCCACUUCUCCGAUGCAUCCCCGUCGGCCCCCAUCGAGAGCGCAGCUGCCGACGCGUCCCAGCCAAGGAGGAAGUUGACCCCGCGGGAUUUUGGACUUGGAACGCAGCGGGCCCCCCCCCCUCCCCCGCAGACGAUGGCGGAGCAGCGACUUCGCCUGUUCCUGGGCCAUCUCCGGCCCAGCCCAAAUCCUGUUUCACAAGGUGCGGUGACAUCCCAACACGGCCUUUCAUCCAAGUUCAGGUACACUUUGGACAAUGGGAUUCUGACACCAGAGCAGAGAGCCUUCUAUGAAGACAAUGGAUUUAUUGUCAUCAAGGGGCUGGUGACAGAUGAAGACCUGGAGAGAUACAGGGAUCGUUUUGAGAGGAUUUGCCGGCGGGAGGUCACCGUCCCAGCAAUAACGAUCAUGCGAGACAUCGCCAUCGCCAAGUCCAAGGUCGCUCAAGAUCAUAGUUCCGUCACCAAGGUCCAGGACUUUCAAGAGGACCCCAUCCUCUUUCAGUACUGCCAGCUUCCAGAGAUCCUGAAAUAUGUGGAGUCCUUCACAGGGCCGGACAUCAUGGCUGUUCACAGCAUGCUCAUCAACAAGCCGCCCGAUCCUGGCCAGAAGUCCUCGCGACAUCCACUGCACCAGGAUCUCCACUUCUUCCCGUUCCGGCCUGCAGAGCGCAUCGUGUGCUCCUGGACCGCCAUGCAGCACAUCGACCGAGAGAACGGCACCCUGGUGGUCCUCCCCGGCACACACAAGGGAGACCUUAAGCCUCACGCGUACCCAAAGUGGGAGGGAGGUGUGAAUAAGCUGUACCUUGGUUUGCGAGACUUUGAUUCAACAGCCCCGCGCUUUCACCUGUCGAUGGAAAAGGGUGACACCGUGUUCUUUCACCCUCUACUGAUCCAUGGCUCUGGCAUGAAUCGCACUAACGGUUUCCGCAAGUCCAUCUCCUGCCACUUUGCAAGCAGCCAGUGUCAUUACAUUGAUGUAAAGGGCACAAGUCAGGAGAACAUAGAGGAGGAGCUCGUUGACAUGGCUCGGCGUGUCAUGGGCAAAGAUGUAAAGGUCUCCCUUCGAGACAUAUGGCACUUCAAGGCAAAGGUGGUGAAGGGAAAGAGACUGCAACUGUGAUGCUGCCAACAGCCCCACAGCCCAUCAAGACAGCCACGAGCAUUGCAUAGCUUUCUGGGCAUCAUUGUUCGUAGGAAUAUCACGAUUAACCCCCUUUAGCGAUUCGAUAACUUGUCACAAUAAAACAAUGCCAUUAUAGUGCAGGGUGUAUGUGAACCAGUGAGUAUAGCGAGUGGGAAUGUGAGGAACUAGAACCCCAAUGCCCCUUCGUGGCAUAUACAGAGUGCUUCAAAAAAAUGUUAACACUUCCCCGAGAAUUUGCAACAAUACCACAAGAAAUGUGCCUCCGGGCUCUAGAGACCACCUGGACAAGAGUCCGGGCAUGUGUUGGCAAUUAUGGUGAACAUGUAGAGGCGCUGACUUUUUGAAACUAUUAACAUGCAUUUGUUAUCAUGUGAUAGUGCAUUAUCCAUUCUUUUUGCCAUUAAAAACGAUAGUCCCAUAUAAGUGAUACAAUUUUUUGAAGCACCCUGUAUUAGGGGACACACAUGCUGUAACAGUUACAGCACUUAACCUUGUACAUGGACGUUUGACAGUGAAGUUUAUCGAGGGGGCUUCUAGAUUUUAAGCUUUCGUGAUUGCAAGAAUUCAUACUCUUUGGUUUUAUUCGGUAAAAUCACAAUUAAAACACGACGUUUCGGAGGCAACACAAGCUUCCGUCUUCAGGCGGAAACAGUCACAGAAACAGUCACAGCACUUGGUGCAGCGAUUUUUUGCUGUGACUGUUUCUACCUGAAGACGGAAGCUUGUGUUGCCUCCGAAACGUCGUGUUUUAAUUGUUUCUUUUAUUUUAAUUUAUGUUUUACCUACGUGGCUUUACCGGAUAAAACCAAAGAGUAUCGAGGGAGCUGUACCACCGGUCUGUCGCACCCUCCCAUCUUGGUGACCCCUCCCUCCGCCUCGAGUUCCCCCUAUUAUGAAUGUUUGUUUUAACCACUGACUUGAUGCAAUCGUAUGACAUGCAAAAAUCUAAAAGAAUCGUUUAUUACAUAGUUUUAUGUAUGUAUCAAGGAGGUUUGAAUGUACUUUAAAGUAAUAAUGCACAGCUACAUGUACAUACAAUGCAUACCAUACAAACGGCUAAAACCAACAAAAACACAUUUAGGUUGGUAAGUUUUAAUGAAUGCAAGCAGCUAUAAAAGUAAUUAAAAUAACAUAAAAUCCAAUUUAAUAUACUUUAUGCGGCUUUGCAGUGCAUAUUUUAGCCCAUUGAUAGCCAUGCAGCAUUGUGACUUUGUGAUUUUAAUCAAGGGUAUUGUGAACACUUUCAUAUACAAAUUUAACUCUGGAUCAAAGCAGGUCUUUCACGCAUAUGACCUCGUGCUCGUAUGGCAACUGCUGGACAUUAACACACUUCACGGGACCUCGCACGCAAACAUCACAAAGCAGUGGCGGUUCGGGGGGGGGGGCGUUUUGAGCCCCCUUCCCCUUUUAAACAUCGAAAAUUGUUAUUUUGAUAUUUUCCAGAGCAAAUACAUCAAUUAUAUUUUAUAUUUGUUAUUAAUGUAGGGCCCUCGUUGAAAAGCGUAAUAUAUCAGACCUAUAUUGCACGAUAUUUGUUGCUAACUUUAUACUUUUAAUUUCUGAAAAAUACUUAAACUUAGUCAAUAUUCUGAAUUAUCGGCAAUAUUUAAAUACGGUAUUAAUGUUGUCGAUAGGUGAUGUAAUAAAUGUGAAAUAUAUUUUUGAAAAUCAAACCUAUUACGAAUCAAACAGCAACAAAUGUCAUACGAUAUCUCCCCCCAUCCCCUUGAGAAGUUUAUAGAUCAGCAUCUGAAACAAAUACACCCACCUCACUUCCCCGUUGCUACGACAAUUUGCAAGUGAGAUUUGCCAGCUGGCACCCCCUCUAGUGGCCUUUAAUAAGAAACUCACGCAUCGACCACCAAUCUUUGAGGCCAGCAGGAAAAAAAAUCACACUGACCUGUCGUGGAAUGGCUGCAUAGGAUUGCUAAACUGGCUUAUGAGGUAUCGAACGAGCUUGGAUGUUCUGUUCAACGCCAAAGCCUUUAACUCAGAAUUGCUGUACAAAGUUGACCCCCCGGUAUUGGCGGAUGCGCUCAAGUAACUUGCUCACAGGCGGCCAGUCGCCUUAUAACUUUUCUUUUGCAACUACCGUGGUUGCUGUUCCCAUGAACUUUUCGCUCCUUGAAUUCUCCACCAAUACUGAGAACUCGCUCUGCUAAACUGUUUUGUCUCAUCCACGCUGUUCAAUCACAAUCAUGCAGGUCCCGACACUUCUCUUACUGCUUCGUCCAACGCACUUCUAUUUUUCCAAGUGUAUUUGAAAUUCAACAAUGGCAUUAACUCUCACGGUCGUAUCUAUUACACUGCCGGCAGCAUUGCUGGCUGGACGUUUUUGAACAGUUCUUGGCUGCUGUGAUUGAAAUAAAAAUGUGAAGUUGCAAUUA